AUGAGCUUUUACUUAGGAAUCCUAUUAAUAAAAAUCAUCAGUCAAGUGACACACAAAUAAAACACAAGAAUGAGAGAAAAUAACAAUGCUCAAUAAAGAGAAUUGUUGAUAAAAUAAAAAGUAAUUUAAAAACAUCUGAAGGUUUUUAGAAUUUUAGAAAUUAUCCUAUCAUGGAGGGGAAAUUUGUAUCUAACAUCCAAGAAAGGUAACAUGUUUACACAUUUAAGAAGAUCAUAUUUGAAUUUAUUUUUAGAAUAUUUUAAAAAUAGAUGCGAAAUUAAAAUCUAAUAAAAAAUUUUAAGUAAUCUAUCAUGAAUACAAUAAUUUAUAAAAAGAAAGGAUUUUGA